UGUGUCUGUGUCUCAGAGCAAGACCCGGAGGAGGCUGGUAUGGUGCGGGCCAUCAAGGCAUGCAGGGUGGACAAGCUUGUGGAGCACCUGGUGCCUGCCAUCAUGGAGAGGGACUUGGUCUACAUGAAGGUCUUUCUGAGCACCUACAGAGCUUACACCACCACCUGGCAGAUCCUGACCUGCUGUUCAAAAGUGUCCAGCCUCAUCAUCACCCUGCAGUCCCAGGCCACCCCAGCCAUGCAUGAGCUUGGGUCAUGGUAUCUGAAGGCCAUGGUAGCAGACAAGGAGGUCCCAGGGAAGAAGCUGGAGGCCAUGGCCCCCAUUACUCUCACAGUCCUAGAGGGAGGCAACCUGGAAUUAAAGGCUACCAUGCUAUGUGACUCCCUGCUUUGUCACUCCCCCCUAUGUGACUCCCCCUGUGUGACUUCCCUUGAAGGGGGCAGGCAUCUCAUGUUCAUUGAAAGGACCCACGUGAGAGACCAUUGCCUCCUGUACUGUGAGGGUGGGUUAAAUGGACAGCAGGUCCUCAUGGCAAAACUCUUGGGACCCAGCCUGAUUGUGGCCUGGAUUGAUUCCCUUGACCCAUAA